AUGUCUUGUAAUUAUUUUAAAUUAUCUUUGUUUUCCAUCCUAUUGUGUAUAUUAAUAAUUACACAUAAGUUUCCCGAUGAUCAAAUAUUUUAUAAUAAAAUAAAUACCGUUGAUAUUAUAAAUGCAACACCUAGGAUAUUACUAGCCGAAGCACAAGAAACAGAUAUAUUUAAAAACCAUUCAGGAGAAAAUUCACUAACAUACCCAACAGAUAAUAUAUUAGAGGAAAAUGAUACGGGAUAUCAUAAAACAUCCUCUACAUCUACAUUAAAUUAUGAUAUUCAUGAAGAACCUGAUAGUCAAACGGAACAGGUUGAAUUGGAAAAUGAGAAUAAUAAUAAUUCAGAUUUACAGAAAUCGCAUAAACAUUCGAAUUGCAAAAAAAUGAAAAAAUCUGCUAUAAUAAUUUCAUUAAUAUUAUAUUUCCCAAUUUCUGCGAUAUUCUAUACCCCAUAUUACAUACAUAAAAAAAAUAAAAAAAAUGACCAUACAAAUCAAACUCUCGUAUCAGAAAAAAAUAUAGAUGACAUUAAUGAAAAUUAA